AUGCCCCCCAGUUCUCCCUUCUAUCCCAGAGGGUGCCGCUACUGCGCCAGCCACCCCAGAUCCAGUAGUCCCUGCACCUUCACCGCAUGGAGCAACUUGGCCAUCAGCGACAGCACCAGAUACCGAACCUGGGGAUUCGGUCUCACAAGCAGCAAACUCCCCACCCAAACGUGGUCGAGACCCAUCAUAUUGGCAGAUGCGGAGAUAUUUUCAGCCAAAGGCUGGGGGAGAGCUGAAAUGUUCGCCGCAGGCUUUGAAACUGUGGGGAACGACGGAGGGACGCGAGGAGCUCAAGAAGCUCUUCAAGGAGCAUGGUUCAUUUGCUUUAAUGGAGGUCCAUCUAUCCAAGAAGCUGCAGCGGUUGAGAACGCAACGUGUUCAAGGUGGUUGGUACACAGAGUCGAUCUUGAAGAACAAAUUCAACUACAGCAAGAAGAUGUACGAGAAUGCCGUGAAAUGGGCAACCGCUCGCGGCAAGAUCCGCACAAACCCUGUACAUGGUGA